UUGCGUUCAGUACGACGGUAGCGUGCAAAGGGCAUAGUUUGGCAACGCAGAAAGGAGAUAACUAGUUACUUUUCAGCAGAUUUCAAUAAAAAGCCAAUUUAUAUAGUGACACUUGUGUUGAUUUCAAUCAUUUAACGCCGAAUAUUUGGCCUCAGUCGUCGUGCAUCUUAAACAUUCGGUAUUUAUAUACAACGCUACGUUGCGAGCCGUUUAUAUUCGCGAGUAGAUUUCAAAAGCGCCUGUCACAUGUGCUCAAGUACUAACGAAUUUGGAAAAGUGAACAAUUCAACUAUUUGAAAAUCAAAUAUUUCUGGCGUUUGAAGUAAAGUGGUAAAACAAAGACAAGUUUUAUAGUACAGUCGCAGCAGCAGCAGUAAGAGCAAAUAAGACGCAAAUCAUUACCGCCGUACAUCCUCUCUUACUCAUUCAUCACCCAGCACAGUGCACUCACAUUCACACACAUACUUGCACCAAAGCACCGCCGAAGUACUUCGUUGAUCAGGAUGCGACGUUGUCAUUUAAUUGCGCUGUCGAUUGGCGUGUGUGUGGCAGCAUUGGCGCUGUUACCCGCCACCGUUUGCGCCACCACAGAAGUACAGGAGACGCCACUGGCGUUGCCCGUCGCCGAUCAGACACAACCGACCACGGCAACACAGGGUGAAAUUUGGGAAGAAGAUGAUCACGAGAUUUUGAUACGGAACGAACGUGGCACAAAGAGCGAUGGUCUCUCCUGCCGUUAUGGAAAAAAUCCAUGGACCGAAUGUGACCAGAAAACCAAUACACGCUCACGAACGUUGACAUUGAAAAAAGGCGAUCCGGCAUGCGAUCAAACGCGAACCAUACAAAAGAAAUGCAAAAAAGCCUGUCGAUAUGAGAAGGGUUCCUGGUCUGAGUGUGCUACCGGUCAAAUGACACGCGCUGACAAAUUAAAGGUGACUAGCGACCCAUCGUGCGAAGCAACACGUGUCAUCAAGAAAAAUUGCAAACCUGGCAAAUCCAAGGAUAAGAGCGCCAAAGAGCAACGCAAGAAUAAGGAAAAAGGUGUACGCAAAGCACGCGCUUAAGUCCCCAACAACACACUACAAACCCAGCGAACAGUUUCAAUUUCAAUUCAAGAGAUAUAAAACUGAAUUAACUGAGACAGAAUGCAACAUAAAACGCAUACAAAUAUCGUCACACACAUACAAACAUAUACGAAACAAUACAAAAAGAUGAAAUUCGCCAAAUGGGAAACGAUCAUUUAAUAUUUAAAAUCAAACCGAAAUACUAAUAACUGACAGACAUCUUACAAACACACACACACAACAGUAAAGCAUAAAGUGAAACGAAUAAGUAAUAGAUAAACACAUAAAACAGAAAAUAAAAUAAAAUCAGACCAAAAAAGUUACAUAAAAUUAACCAAGAAAUGCAUAGCUACAGCAAGAGAAAUAAUUAUAAAAGUGAAAACCCCAAAAACCUUAAAAAAGUACUAUUUAUAGAGAUCUCCAGAAUUUGAUUACAAAAAUAGUAAACACUGAAAAAUACGUUUAAAGUAAAAAAAACAACAGACUUAUAUACCAUAUAUACAUUAAGAGUUGCUAAAAACAGAAGAGUUGCAAUUACAUACCAAAACAAAAAUACAUAAAUUACAAAACCCAGACAAAAAACAAAAAGAAUAUUAAAAUGAAAAUAAAAGACAGUAAAAUUAUACAUAUACAUACAUACAGUAAGUAAAGAGGCGACAGUCAAAUAAAGGCAGUAAAUGUGAACCCAAAUAAGACAGGAAAUGCAAGCGAAUAAGGGGCAUGGAAGCGAGCCAUGGAGGAUACGCGCCGGUAGUUGCAGACACAGACGAAGAGGUUCACAGCGAGCGGUAGAGAGCAAGACAGAGAGAGAUAGAGCGAGAGAGAGAGUAAAUUAAAAUUUUAUUAAAACUAAAAAAUAAAUGAUUCAACAAAUUUAAAUUAAGAAUUACUACUUAUAUACGAUACAUUACGAGAAAGUAAAAAAAAAGACAAAAUAUUGAAUGAAAUGAAAAAUAAAAAAAAAAACUUAAAAGUAUAUUUGUUUUACAAAGAAAGAUAUUAAGAAGAAAAAAAGCCAAAUCGAAAAAAUAAAAGCAUAUUUAACUUUAAAAGUAAAGAAAAAGCAAAAUUGAAGAAAUCCCAAUUACCAAAAAAUUUACAGAAAAUAGUUAAUAAACAAAAUAUUUGCAUUUCUAUGCUGACAGAAAAAUUGACAUAAACACAAACAAACACACAUACAGACGCAGGCUGCUAUGACCUUUAAGGAAGCUGUACUUCCUCAGAAUUAAAGGCAAAUGAAUACUAAAAGCACGCAUACAUACAUAUAUACAUACAACCAUACAAUACCAUCAAACAGAAAGCAUAUAAUUCAUUAACAGUUAUAAUGCGCUUACAGGCAUUAAACCAACGGAUGUGUCCGAGCAACGCAACAAUGCAACCCAGUUACUUCCUUAUGCCCUUUUGCUGCUACUCUGCCGAUAAUCUGCUGGAAUAUUGCAGCAAUUAUUUGUACAAAACGUGAUAACAGGAAGAGUUAAGAGGGAGAAAUUCUGAAUCUUAUAGUAACUGAUGCUUGUGUAUUGCAGAAAGGAUGUUGCAAAUGCGGAUAGCA